AAAAUGUCUAAGGAAGUCCCUGAAAAGAAUUCUUCAGAGAUGCAUGUGCUGCCGAAAGUUCCCUCAGGCUCAAGCUAAAAGCCACAGGGAUCAUGAUCGACAGCCGUGCUGGUUUGCCACAGUAUUUGGCAGGUGACGGUUUGGGUUUGCCCUGCGCCCGGCUCCGCCCAAUCAAGAAAAAGUCCAACGGAUUGCCAACAGUUGAACUGAAAGCUGUCAAAGAGGAAGGCUUUCACUUGCCUGGUGGAAAUGCAGAUACCGAUCUGACGUUGAUUGCAUUCGCUGGGACAAAGCCCCUGGACUUGAAGUCUGCACGAGCUCGGUCACAAGGCUGUUUGCGAACAGGAGGCCCGCUUGAUCGAGUCUUGAAGUUGCGGAAGGAGAAUGACUUGGAAAGACUCGUAGAUGUUCUUGUCAGGGCUGCACCAGAUCAACGUCACGAUGCUCUCAGAUACUUCAAGCAGCCUUAUAACGCCCACCGAGCAAAGAUGGCUCCCCGGUAUAUUGAUGAGGAAAACCGGCGCAGACUUGUAUUGCAAAUUUUGAAAAAGUAUGCUCUUUGUGACAUCUACGAUCUGAUCCGUGUAGAUGAGAAGCAGUGGGCGAGCAUUAGUCGCGAACUUGGUGGACUCAGCUAUGGGGUGGCCAUGAGGUCUGCCAUGGAAGCCGUCGCAGAGUCAAUGACACCCUUAGAACGGGCCACAUUUUGGGCUGCAGUUGGCACACGGCAACGGGCUGCAGACCAUGGACGAAGUGUCGUUUUUGCAGCUCAAGACAGUCCGAAUGUGCUGCAUUGAGCUUGGACUUGCUGUACAAGCAGAUCUCUUCCCGGUAAAGUAAAUUAAAGUGUGUUGCUACAGAUCGAGGAGUCCCCAAGGGAUAACUUGAUUUGCGAGGUUUCACAGGAGAAGAUUUGGAGAGCUGUACAGUAUGUAAUAUUGUGUAUUGUUUAGGCCUAAGGAUUGGGAGAUUGCCAGGCUGUUCAAGACAGCGGACUCCCGAUACACACGGAUGCAAAGUAAGCAGAAAAGAGACGGGCUUGCAAG